AUGGAACAACAACCUAACAAUCCAACAACAGUCAGCAUGGCACAUUCAGUACCUAUUCGCCCAAUGCCCGAGUUUAAUCCCGACGCUGAACUUGGCGCGAGCGUCGCUACACGUUGGAAAAACUGGGUCGCAGACUUUGACAUGUUUCUCCUGGCUAGUGGCGUUACAGAUCCUAAACGACAACGAGCUUUGUUGCUAUACCAAGCUGGCGCAAGAGUGCGCGAAAUCUUUAAACAACUGCCUGACACUGGCGAAGACAAAGACUAUGAUAUUGCCAAAGCGAAAUUACUUGCCCAUUUCGAACCGCAGAAAAACAGACGCUACGAGGUGUAUCGAUUUCGAAAGGCUGUGCAAGAACCAAGGGAAACUCUCGAUCAGUUUCACACACGGCUUCGAACUUUAGCCCAAACUUGCGAGUUCGCAUCGCCAGAUUUCGAACUCGAAGAACAAAUAAUUAUUGGAGGGGCCUCUUCGAAAAUCCACAAACGUGCGUUGCGUGAUCCAAGUUUUAAUUUAGCUGCCAUGCUCUUAGUAGGCCGCCGAGACGAACAGAGCGCUUUCCAAGCUAAAGACAUCGAAUCGACAUCGCCCGACAGCGCAACGAGCACCUUUGACGAAAUUAACGCUCUCUACAGACCGACGGGAUGUCGCAAUUGUGGUGGAUCUUUUCCUCACAAAGGUCUAUGCCCCGCGAAAGGCAAACAGUGUCGAAAGUGUGACAAACUUAUUAACCAUUUUCAAAGCGUUUGUCGAAGCAGACCUAUUGCACAACCAAGUGGCAGUCUCGCACAGCAAGGCUCCACUCAGAAUUACCAUAGCAACGCCACACGAAACCCGAUACGACCCCUCGAGCAUUACACCACCGGUGACUCAGACGACGAUUAUAUGUACGGAAUUCACAGCCUCGAUAAAAGCCCUCGAGUUAACGUCACAGUGGGUGGCCAUUCGUUUAGCACAAUAGUUGACACAGGCGCAACUAUAAAUGUGAUCGAUGAACGCACAUAUCAGACUUUGCGCGGUAUCUCUCUACAAAAGACAACGACGAAAGCAUUUGCGUACAACUCUACAACCCCGGUACCGUUCCUUGGGAAGUUUACGGGGUUGUAG